UUGUUUACGUCGCGUCGAGGAGCAGGUGGAGUAGACAUGAAAUAAAUGCUGUGCGCGGAGCAGAGCCAUGACUGACAAGGAACCAGAUAUGGCGGAGACGUUACCGCCGCCUGCUCCGAAGAUUCAGUUGCCUGUCAUAGAGGAACUUAACCUCUAUGUCAACUCUAAGAUAGCGAAGAUCAUCGCCACUGCGGUCGUGGUGUGCUUCAUCACUUACCACGGAUUCCUCCAUGCAGUCGAUGGAGGGGACUCCUGUAAGCGCUUGCUCUCUGAUGGAAGGUUCCAAGGUGCCCAUGUGUGGCAGCCCUAUGGUUGCAUGCUGCAUACAUACUCUAAUACGGAUUCAAGAAGAUGCAUGAGAUAUGUAGCAUUUUUGAAACAAGACAACCACAUGCUCUUUGUGGGAGAUUCCCGAAUCAGACAGCUAUACUUUGCCAUGGUCAAACAGAUAGCAGUGAGUCCACCCAAGUUCCCAGAGAAACCUCAUAAUCAUAUGCAGUACAACGAAACCAACCUUCACCUAAAUAUCAAGUAUCUGUGGCAGCCGUACAUGGACCAGGAGGUGGAUAAAUUGUUUGAUAAACUGAAGCGAAGCAAAAACUUGCCAAAGUUAAUUGUUAUGGGCAGUGCUACUCAUGCCAUCAAAGCAUCUAAUGGGUCUGCAACAGCACUGGAAGAAUACAAGAGGAAUUUAACAUCUUUAUCAACUGCCAUGCACAAGAUUGGCAAGAGAACCAGGCUUUUGUGGAUGUUACAAGACCCAGUUGCUCAUGAGAAACUUAACCCAGACAGAGCAGCUAUCACCAAUGACCAGCUAGAUUUAUACAAUAUGGCUGCAAUGGAGGUUUUAUACGGCACAGACGUCCGCCUUUGGUCUAGUUCCCGCUUGGUGGCGCAGGGGAGCAUUAGUGAUUUCUCAGAUGGAUUGCAUGCUGGAGUGCUUGCUAUCAAAUAUGAUACACAGAUUUUAAUGAACUUGUAUUGUAAUGAUCACCUAAACUUUGAUGAUGGAACAUGUUGUAAUUCACGUGAAGCAGUUACAAUGACACAGAUCGCCACUUUUGCUGCCCUUUGUUCUUGUCCCAUAAUUCUGAUUGCUGUGGCUGUAAAACAGUGGCUCUGUGUUUCCCACCAUGUUGGAGCAAUCAACACUCCCUCAUCAUCCAGCAAUGGGAGCUCCAGCUCUCAGCCUUUGAUGGCAGAAGCCAAAGCAGCCAAGAAGAAGCAGCAGCCAUCAUCCCAAGACUUUCUGAUGGCCCUUGGGAAAUUGGGGCUCAUUAUGGGCUACUUUUUCCUCUGUGAUCGAACAAGUCUGUUUAUGAAGGAGAACAAGUAUUUCUCACAGCUGAAUUUUUUGUUGCCGUUGGGUUAUGUCUUUGCUCUUGGACUUUUCUUCACUGAAGACACGUCACAAACUCGUCUCCUUCACAGGGAUAUGACAGAUGAGUGGAAAGGUUGGAUGCAAUUGGUGAUUCUAAUAUACCAUAUGACUGGAGCAUCACAGAAAUUACCAAUAUACAUGCAUAUCCGUGUCCUGGUAUCAGCGUAUGUCUUCCUGACAGGAUAUGGUCACUUUUCCUAUUAUUGGAAUGGCAGAGACAUGGGCAUUGUGCGAUAUUGUCAGGUGAGUAAUGAUAAAGUUGCUGACAGUCAUCCCAUAUAUGAACACAGUAUACAUUAGAUAUCUUAUCAUACCUAACAUCAUGUUUGUGAU